AUGGCAGACCCAGAGCACCCUCCCUCUUCGUCAGCAGAAAAGACCGUGGACGCUCAGCAUGUGGGGAAUGGUCCGAUAGCCGCGGGGAAACCAGCGACAAGACAACAGUUGACGGCGGCUUUGACAGCAGCCGAUUCGACUUUCAAAUUGCAGGGCAACCCCGACCUGUACCAGCCCACUCGCACACCUGCCCGCAAAGACAACGCUAAUUCCUCAAGUCUCCUCUCCACGGCCGACGGACAGGAGAGAGUAUUAGCAACAGUCAAUUAUGUCGCCUCGAUCCUACACCACCUCAGUGCAUCGGCACCCUUCAUAGCUUUCCAGACACGCCUCAGCCUUCUCGCCCGAUUGAAAGGUCGCACCUUAUCCAAAACCCCAUCUUCUCCGAUCACCCCAUCACCCUCAAAAUGGGCCGCCCUCUCCUCUCUUGCCUCGGAGACACGAUACACUAUCCGCCUCUUCGGCCUUCUCCCUCUCUGGAUCUGGGGGUCUGAAACCCUCAAAUCACCACCUGCGGACCCCAUAAUCCGCACUCUCACAUAUCUCCAAAUCAUCUCCAACGUGAUCUACCAGCUCCUCGAGAACGUCGGUUAUCUAGCAACAAAGGGCAUCAUCUCCAAACGCUUCGUCGAAAAAUACGGCAGCCUCGUACAAUGGGACCUCUGGAGCACCCGCGGCUGGUUCGGACACAUUUUCCUCGAAUUCUUCGUCCUCUGGCGACAACACGUUCUACGGAAACGUCGCGUUGCGGCAAAACGCGCGGCCGCGGGCAACGUUGAAACUAAGGAGAUGAAGGAGGAGGAGGACGCCGAAACCCGCGCCGAGAUUCGCUCUUGGCGCAAGACCCUCGUCAACAAUAUCUGCUGGGCCCCCUUGUGUCUGCACUGGUGCUUUGAGCAAGGAAUCGGUGUUCCAGAUAAUCUGAUCGGUGUGGUUAGCUUUAUGGCUGGUGCUUGGAGCCUGCAUGAUAUGUGGGGUGCUACGGGCAAGGCAAUUCAGGCAUAA